AUGACAAGCCGAGAGUUGGACACAUUGUUGGCGGUAGCUUUGCGCUCCAGCACCAUAGAGUGGGCCGUGAACGUACAGAUUUGCGACACCAUCAAGGACAAUCAAUACCUGGCGCCCUUGGCGAUCACCCGCAUCGACGAGCGAUUGCGUCAUGACAAACCCAGCGCCGUAAUGUUGGCAUUGAGUUUGUUGGAGAUGUUGGUGAAGAAUUGUGGCAUGGUGAUUUGCAGAGCCAUCAACGAAGGAGUAGCGGAAACUUUGGUGGGCAUAGUGAAGAAGAAAGAGAGUUGGAGGUAUGGCUUCGGGCGCAACCUGCACAAGUCGGGGCUCUCGGAGUGGUUGCCUCACGGCGUAGCCAUCGGCGAGGACAAGCGUCAGCAGUGGCGGCAAGCAUCACAGAAGGUUCUGGAGAUCAUGCAGCUGAUUGUGGACGCUUUUCUGAUGCAUGAGGGUGCCCUGAGGCCUAUCUUCUCUGCGUACAAGCAGCUGAGACAGGAGGGCUACGAAUUUCCGCGAUCCUCCACUGGAGUUGCAGCUGAUCUUUGCCUCGUGAAUGGAGCGGAAGACAGCCCUGCCUACCUGGCCGGCGCAAGUGCAGCGCCGGCCCCUAACGGGGCGCCGCCCGCGCCGCGCCGGCGCCGGCGGCGGCGCCCGGCGCGCGUUCGGCGGAGUCGCGACGGAGGAAGUGGUGCGCCUGGUGGUCGCUCGUGA